GCACGACUUUCUUUGCCGGCGAAAUUACAUGGAGGACACAAAUUGAUCAAUUGACACUGCGAAACGAGUGAUUUGAAGAGAUUGUGGAGAUUAUUUCGCUUCGACUUCAGGCCAAGAUGUCGAAGAGAAGAUUGGACGUUGAUGGGAGUUCUUCCAAUUCGCUGAGCACCGCGAAAAGGAUACGGGAGGAGCUAAGGUAGGCAAUGCGAACGGAAACUAAGCUUUACUUUCCAAUUGCGCCUCUCCAAAUAAAUUAGGAAAAAUUCUCAAAUCCAUGUACUAGUGUUGCUGUUAUAGUACGAUAUGUUUGUGAGACUUGCGUCCUGCGUUACUUUUUGUAGAACUUUACUGAAAGUGACUUAAAAGAUUAUGAGCUAGAUAUAUAUCGAUCAGAAGCACCACAUUCGUUUUAUGGUGUUUUAUAUGAAGCUUGCCUUUUUGUUGUGUGUCUUAUUUUAGUGAUUUAUUUAUGUUUUUCCCCGUACUUAGUAAUCCCAGCAAUCUGCGUGGAAAGAUCAACCCUUACAAUGGGAAGCUAUUCACGGACAAAUACUUUGACAUACUGAAGAAGAGAAUUGAGCUGCCAGUGUGGGAGUACAGAGAGAAGUUUAUGGAGGGGAUGAAGGAACAUCAGGUUUUUGUUCUUGUGGGUGAAACAGGGUCUGGAAAAACUACCCAGGUAAAGUUAUGGUCACAUGCAAUUUGAACACUCUUGCAUUACUACAAUGUUCACAGUCGACUUAAAACCUUGUAUUUGGGGUCAUGAACAUUGCAAGAGGUGGGGAUAUUUAAAUCCCUUAAGCUUGGUUCUCAGUAGCUGCAGGCUUUAGCCGGUUCCAGGCUCCUAGAUAUAUAUAGUCGGGUCAAGAAAUUGAGGAAGUGCAAACACAAAAUUAAAAUGGAAGGAAACUGGGAGAGGAAGGGCGUCAGAGCCUGUAAUCAUUUCUUUAAAAUGCUUGUUCCGGUAUACCAACUCCUGGUAUACCUUCUGGUUGGUGAUGUUUGACAGGUUUUAUCAACACUCCUCUACGCGAGUCGUUCCUGUCAGAAAGAUGGCGUGCAGCGUCUGUGAGCACGAGUUAGAGGAAUCCUAGAUAACUUCUGUCCAAUGGGGGUUAGUGUUUGCGAGAUUUCCCAACACAGUAGUGCUCAGGAAGGAACAGCAGAGGAUCUUCUUUGUGAACUUGGGGUGUGGUAAAUACGCGUUUGCAAGUUCUGCCAGCCAGCUUCGGCAAAAGCAACUUCAGCCUUAUCCACAACUGGCAAAGCCUUUUUAACAUUCAGAGAAAUGCACAAUAAUGGUAGUUUCUCCAUUGGUCUCGGUAAUGCGAGAUCAAAUCGUACAAUUAAAAGAACUUGGAGUUUUGGUGAUGAUGUCGAAAAGGAUGAGAAAAAUAUAAAGGAAGCUGAGAAAGGAAAAUGAAUAACUAAACGAUUUUCUAGUUGUUCAAUUCCCCACCCACUUUAAAUUGCUUAUAUGUCCAGCAACUUGGAAUCUUAGUCACAGCCCUGUAAACAGGAUAGCAACAAUAAUAAAUGCUUUUUGUCUGAAACACCCCUACUGAAAAUUACCCUAAGUGCCUCUCCCAGAAGAACAAAAUUAAAGAUAGAUUCAAACUGACAAGUGUCAAUUUGAACUUUGUAGAUUCCUCAGUGGUGUCUUGAAACUCGUGUGGACAAACGCAAAUGUGUAGCUUGUACUCAGCCAAGAAGAGUAGCAGCGAUGAGUGUGGCCCAGCGUGUUGCUGAUGAGUUGGACGUGUUGAUUGGUCAGGAAGUUGGUUAUACCAUUCGAUUUGAGGAUUGCACAAGUCCGAGAACAAUACUCAAGUAAGUGUAACUAUCAGAAAUAGAUUGUAACUAGAAUGGAUACCUCAAAAUCAUGUUGGACACCGUAUGUUUGCUGCACAACAUUACUCCUUGUAGAAAACCAUUUAUGUGAAUUUAUUGGGCCCAUUUUUGAGAAAAGUGGGGAAAUCAGUACAAGAGAUAAUGUCAUGUAAAUUACAUUCAAAUUAACCGGUGUCAUCAUUUAGCCCUUGAUGGUGUGGUGGGUAUGUGGAUUGUACAUCAAAAUGAUGUAGGUUCAAGUCCUACUUACUACCUACUAUUUUCUUCUGUUUUCUUUCCUCCCUUAUUUACUAUUUUGACUUAUAAGAUGCUUACUGUGUAUUUUGAAUAAAGAUGACAAUCUGAUUUUGGGGGUAUCCAUUCUACUCACAACCAUAAGAAUGUUUGGAUACCCAUCGAAAGGCAAGCCAACAAUAUUACAUGUAUUUAUUUAAUUUUAAGGUACAUGACAGAUGGUAUGCUGUUACGAGAAGCUAUGACAGAUCCUCUGCUUGAACGUUAUGCUGUCAUUUUGCUUGAUGAAGCCCACGAGAGAACACUAGCCACUGAUAUACUAAUGGGUCUUCUGAAAGAGGUAUUUCAUGGAAAACGGUAUUUCCUCAGAUGAGUGUUUGGGCGCCUGUUUAAAAUUUUGGCUAAAAGGAGGGGCAUUAUUGUUAUGAAGUUUUUCUUUCAACAAAGGUUUACUUUCUUUUGGCUAAAUCUUUAAUAGGUAAUUAACAAAAACUGCAUUAUUAUCCAUGUAAAUGUUAAGUCACCAUUAAUGUCUUUUGUUUGUUUAGACAGUGGUUGGUAAUCAAGUGUACUGUGUUCCCAUCGUACACUACACACAGAUGUUUUAUAUGCUUGUGUUGCUUAUAAAAUAUAGAUUACCUUAUCAUCAUCAUCAUUAGUGAGUUUACACAACAGUAUGGCAGGAAGAAGAGGAUGGCAAAAUGCUUGUGAGAGACAAGCGUGACAGGGCUAUUACUUGCAUGUUUUGUUGUAAUCUUCACUUAACAUUCAUAUUGUCUGGUCUUUUACGAAAAUAUAUGUUUAAAGGAAGGUGAAGUUUGGCAGGAAGUUUUUUUCAAACAAAUUAUUAUCACACUUGUCACACAAGGUUUGCCAUCUUCUUUCCUCUCCCGUCCUGUUGUGUAAGUUCACUAAUAUCUCAUCAAUACAGUGGCAAUAGAAACAGGUUUUCCUAUCCCCACAGUUUAAGAUAAUUUGCCUUAGGGGUUGGGCGCUUAUUCGUGGAAGGUGUUUAUUAGAUUGUGGGUGCUUAUUCAAGGAAAUGCAGUAGUAUUAUUUUUACUCUUAACUUCUGUGUGCACUUGUAACAUUUGAGGAAAAUAAUAUUACAGCAUUAGGCCUCUCACUUUAGUUUUUACUUGUGUAGAUUUUUGUUACAAUAUUUCCAUUUAACAUUUUUUGGUAGGUCGUCAAACAAAGAAGUGAUCUUAAGAUCAUCAUCAUGAGUGCAACACUUGAUGCUGGAAAAUUUCAAGAGUACUUUGACAAUGCUCCACUCAUGACAAUACCUGGACGGACACAUCCUGUGGAGAUAUUCUAUACACCUGAACCUGAGCGUGACUAUUUAGAAGCAGCCAUUAAAACUGUAGUACAGAUUCACAUGUGUGAGGAAGGGGAAGGAGAUAUUUUACUCUUUCUAACAGGACAGGAGGUUUGUAUUCAGCUUUUGGGUGGAGAACUCUGAGUAGUAAUUGCUUGUUGAAUUUUAGCCAAUACAGUCGAAUCCUGGUAACUCGAACCCUCUAUAACUCGCACCUCCUGCUAACUCAAGCAAUUUACAUUUCCCUUCAGAUCUAGGGUCCCAGGCAGGCGUUUUUAGGUGAGCUCGUUUUUCAUCCCUCCCCACAAACGCCUGCUCAACCGAAGACAACAUUCCUUUCCCAAGCUUAGCCAAUCACAUUGUACUUUCCAAAUUCCGAAAAGUUAACCUUGACCACAAGGUAAUCUGAUAAUGACUCGAUCUACAUGAAACACUAGGAAAGCUUUCUGACCUCUAAUAAAUGAGCGGCAAAAAUAAGAUUUAGUCAAAUUUUAGAAUACUCCUUGCACUGCAUAACCUUAGCAAAGGAAAGAAAAGAACGAAAACGGUAACUCUAGGGUCACCUUUUAGUCUUGUUUAGCCUGUCAACACCAGAAACCCAUAAGGGGUUGAAACGUGUAACUCGUGUUCAAUGCUUGUGAAUAUUCGUUUUGACCAUAUUUGCAAAUCUUAGUGAGGGAUAUCCAUUUUCAACAAAAUGGCUGCUGCGCGAUCACCAUGCAAAUGUUUUAAGACAAGAGUUUUGCAUUUCAAUGUUAAAAAGACACCAUCAAAGGGACUGGUUCAUGAUAAUGCGCAUGUGUGAGUUUUGACAGUAGCUGAUUGUUUUUCAACCAAUCGGAAGUGAGUUAGAUGCAUGCAAGUAAAUUCACAAAAUUCAAAUUAAUUGUUCGCGACGCGAGAGUUUUUCCGGGCAUUUGGUUUGAUUUUAUUUAUCCCCAUAAUUCAAGUUUAUUCUUUGCUACUCCUCAGAUAUAUCUUCUUCAUAAAAUUAGCUCAAAACGAGAUCGUGACUACAACAUAUAAGUUUAAUUUAAACUUUUAAAAUGCUUCUCACAUUCAUUACAAGCAUCACUUUUUGUAGCCUGCGUGCAGACGAUAACUAAACUCUGAUUAGUACCGUCUGCGAAGCAGCGUAGAGAUCCUUGUUCUGGACCCCCAACGGACUCAACGAAUUACCGGAAGUGCGUUUCGAAUUCCCCUUCAACCUGAUCACGACAAACAAAACAAAGGCCUUUUUUAACUGGCCAAUCGUGGCGUGUACUCAAAUCUGGGUACACAGCUGGAAGUCUAGAACAAGCAUUUCGGCGCUGUUUCGCAGACGGAGUUAACCAGAGUUUAGUUUCGUCUGCGCGCAGGCUACACUUUUUGCGAAGAAGUCAGGUUCAGGUUUUGGACACUUUUGAUACACAGCUAAUGAAUUUUAUUCGAAAAUAUUUUUCACUGUUUAUAUUCACUUUUAAAUUUGCAGUAUAAGUUUACUGUGCAGAGGGUCAACAAGGCAUCGUUUUUUGAAGUGACAACUUCAAGAAGUUGCGAGGCCGUCAAUGUGUUUCAUAAUGUUACCUUUUGCUGGGGUGGUAAGGCAAUAAUAUCCUGCUCAGUGUUUCGGUAAUAUUCCUGGUUUCAACCUUUGAAAGCUUUCUCGGUUUUAAAAACUUUCCCCCGUUUGUCGGCCAUUUUUUUAAGCGGGCGCAGGAACCUGAAGGAAAAUUACGUCAUGUUGUUUACGAAGUUUGAUUGGUCAGUUAUCUCUUCUUCUCGUUCCAAAUAUGGUACUUUCGAAAAUGAAUAAUCACGAGCAUCGGAGAAAGCAAACAUAUGAGAGUUACACGUUUCAACCCCUUAUGAGUUUCUGUCAACACUUUAUGGCACAACUUUUGAUUGGUGACUUACCACGCAAAUAAAACAAUGGCAAAGGAAUGUUUUUUUCGGUUGAGCAGGUGUUUGUUGGGAGGGAUGAAAAAUGAGUUCCCCUAAAAACGCCUGUGUGGGAGGCUACUUCAGAUCGUCUUCUAUAUAAUUUUACCCUACUCAAACUCCGGAUAACUCGAACUUUUUUCUAUUUCCCUUGGAAGGUUUGAAUUAUCGGGAGUCAACUGUAAUUCUACCACAGAAAAUUGCAUCCUAAAUUUUUGAAGCUUGUGCAAUAAAUUAAGUGUUCUUUGUUACCCAAGGGAGCCAUUUGAACUGCAGACGUUAUCAGUUUAAAGCCAGCUCUUUGAUUCAAACAAAACAAAACAGCGUGCAAGGCACGUUCCCCACACCCAUCAAUUGUUGUGUGUGAAAUGAUUUACCACAGCAAAAGUGCUGUAAAACACUCUGCAAAUGCCCAAAGACAGGGCCGUAUAGGACUACUGAUGGAAACCACUGGCCAGCAUUGUCCCGUAUUUAACCUCACCUAAAUUACAUUUAGGCACAUUACAUAUAGAAUUAUUUUUGUUUCACUGGGUACUGCUAGCUGAGCACAGCUCUAGCUGGGCAAGAUUUCUACUUGUUUACAUUAUAAAAAUAUUUACUCAAUUUUGUAGGAAAUCGAGGAAGCUUGCAAGAGGUUGAAGAAGGAAGUUGACAACCUGGGUCCAGAGAUUGGAGAGUUACGCUGCAUUCCUCUUUAUUCUACUCUUCCUCCUGCUCAACAGCAGCGCAUCUUUGACCCUGCUCCACCUAAAAGACCCAAUGGAGCCAUUGGUCGCAAGUGUGUUGUGUCUACUAACAUUGCUGAGACAUCCCUCACUAUUGAUGGUGUAGUGUUUGUUAUUGAUCCUGGAUUUUCCAAACAGAAGGUUUGUCAAAUAUGCACAAAGUGUCGUACAAAAUGCAAAGAAAGUCAGUUUUAAAGCUUGCCCCUCUGUAGCUGCAACCCCAGACAAACCUGUUGAGACAUUUCUAAGUAUUUUUAAUUUCUUGCCAUGCAACAAUCUCUCAACAGAGCAAAGUCGCCCCCCUCCCCGCCCCUGUUCAAAGUUGUUUCGGCCUAACAGCUCACAUGUGCAUUUUUUAUCUUGUGUUACCGCAAACAACACUGGAAUAGGGGAGGGGGAAACGGGCUUUCAAUUUGCAACAGUAAGCAUUUUUGUGAGGAUGAGUACGAAAAAAAGGUAAUUUUGUAAUGUGUAUCAACAGGUUUUGUCCAAGGUUUUAGUAUGUACUAGCCUGAGAGUCACUUAAACCAUCCUGAAAAAAGGUUAUGGUUGAUUAACUUAUUACACCUGUCCAAUGAUUAACUGAUAACCUGCUUUGUUUUCAUCAUAUUAAUAAAUGAAAUAACUUCACUUCAUCAGAUCAGCUUGAAAAACAGCUUUCAAUCCAGCUGAUUAAUUAUAAGUAAUAAUUAGAAACAAUAACAAUUUAGAAGUCUUACAGUACUCUUGUAAUUUCAAUUCUCCCAAGACUUCACUUGCCCUUCAAGCAAGUUAACAUCAGAACUGGCUAGCCCAAUUGCAAAAUCCUCCAGUUCUAGGCUAUCAGACAUGACUUUCUCAUAUUAUAAUGUGGUAAUGAUUUAUGGUGGUUAUUAUUGUGUACUUGUUGUACCAACAGGUGUAUAAUCCUCGCAUCCGGGUUGAAUCUCUGUUGGUGUCAGCCAUCUCUAAAGCCAGUUCCCAGCAAAGAGCAGGUCGUGCUGGCCGUACUCGUCCUGGCAAAUGUUUCAGGCUGUAUACUGAGAAAGCUUAUCAGAGUGAAAUGCAAGACAACACCUAUCCUGAAAUCUUGAGGUCUAACCUUGGUACAGUGGUGUUGCAGCUCAAGAAGCUUGGCAUCGAUGAUUUGGUGCAUUUUGACUUCAUGGAUCCCCCUGGUAUGUCAUGUUGUAAUAUAUAACUGAAUAUUAUUAUAUGACUUCUGCACAAGUUAUCAAAGCAGUCAUACAGCUUGUUGUUGUGUGGCAUGUCAGCACACUAUCUACAGCUGUUUUCUAUGAUCCAGGAGUAUACUUACAUGUAUUUGUCCUUUUUUAGCUCCUGAGACAUUAAUGAGAGCCCUUGAACUGUUAAAUUACCUGGGUGCUCUUGAUGACAAUGGUGACCUGACUCCCUUGGGAUCCAUGAUGGCCGAGUUUCCUUUGGAUCCUCAGCUUGCUAAGAUGGUGAUGGCAAGCUGCGAUCAUAACUGUUCCAAUGAAAUCCUGUCCAUUACAGCUAUGCUCUCAGGUGAGACACACUGUUCUCAUCCUAUUUUCAAACACCAGCAGUGAGUUGUGAAAUUGAACUGCAGCUUUUUUUCACUUCUAGGUGUACGGAUAUCAGAUACAGCAUGUAUCAAGGGUCUCACAUGAAUUAAUGUAUUUUUAAGAGAUUAAAAAAAAACUGUAAAAUGUUCAUGAUAUUUAAGAUCUGCAUUCCAAACUUCUUUCACUCAUGUCAAGUGAUUUCCUUUGUUUCUCGUUUGUGAAUCGUUUCUGGAAUUAGAAUAAUUAUGCAAAUUUUGAAUCAUUAAAAUUCAUACUUGACCUUGAGGCUGAAGCAAAUUUACACAAGAGAAGUAAAUUAUUCAUCUGCGAAUCAAAAUGCCAUUCAGUUUGUUUUGUUCCCUUCAUCUCGGAAACAAGUAUGAAUUUUAUUUUAAUGAUUCCCAAACUGGCCCAUGGGAACAUGCAGUUGCACCAAAGAUUUUGUUGCAACAUAGUUUAAGGUUCUUGAUAUCGUUUAUUUUAUUUGAAUUAGCAAUAACUGUACCCUGAACAUAAAAAUCAUGACUUUGUUUUCAGUUCCUCAAGUCUUUUUGAGACCAAAUGAAGCAAAGAAGGCUGCAGACGAAGCAAAAAUGAAGUUUGCUCACAUCGAUGGUGACCAUCUGACCUUGUUGAAUGUCUAUCAUGCCUAUAAACAGAGUAAGUCACCUUUGGCAAAUCUAAACUGAAUUUUUGCCAGACUGCAGUAAAGUUUACUGUCGACUCUCUCUUAAUGGACACCUCUGUAAAACGGACACUGAGAGUUGGUGCCUGCCUUUCUUUACUCCCUUUAUUUGAUUCUCUGUAAGACAUACAUAACUCUUAGACGGGCACAUGGUACAGGUUCCAGAGUUGUCUCUCUUAGAGAGAAUUGACGGUAACUUAACCUGUAUUAAUUCUAUUGUGGUAUGUUACUGUAAUUUUCAUUGUUACAUAGACCAUGAAGACGUACAGUGGUGUUAUGACAACUUUAUUCAGCAUCGAUCACUCAAGUCAGCUGACAAUGUGAGGCAGCAACUUGCCAGAAUCAUGGACAGGUUCAACCUGGCACGUCGCAGCACUGACUUCAACAGUCGCGACUAUUAUCUGAACAUCAGGAAAGCACUUGUGGCUGGAUUUUUUAUGCAGGUAUCGUAAGAACUUACAGACCUUAUUGAGAAUGACCUCAGCUCUUAUCAGUUGUGGACUCUUUCCCCUGUUAAAGGGAUGCACUAAUACAUAGACCAACCUAAAUGGCAGCUUAUUAUUAUCAUUACUCAAUAGUACUCUUUCUUCUAAUGAGCCCUUUUGUCCUGGGUGCCAGACAAGCAAUCAUGAAAAAAAAAAACAUUUAAACUGCUGGUCUUCUGAAGUUCCUCAUUGUGAAAGGUUGUAAAAUUGACUGCCUUCUACUAGUACAGUUGAAAACAGAACUUUUUUUUAGUUUUCAUGCUGAAUGCUUUUUUUUAUAAGGUCUGUUCUUUUAAUCUUUGUACCUGGUAUUAAAUUCUCUCCUAUGUGUGUAUGUAACAACUGUCUUUGUUUAAGACUCUAACAAAAAGGGUUAGGCAAGACGUUUUGCAUUACAUUAUGUGAGCUGGUGCAUCCCGGCCUGGCAAAGCAUAACAUCCUGCCCAGGUGGUGGGGUAGUGGGAAUAAUUAUGUGUAGUUGUUUCAUGUUUCAUGUGGUUGGCUUCAUAUACACCCCUUUCAAGUGAAGAGUUGCUUGGCAAAAGGCCUGAAUGAAAGUUUCUCAUUUUGCUUCUCAAGGAAACACAAUGCAACUUAAAAGGACAAUCAAAUUGUUUAUCAAAGGCACCCCUUUAAAUUAAAAUGCCACUUAACACAUUUCAAGGUGGGAAAACUGUACUUUCAGGCCAGGGGGAAAUGGAUAAUUUAUACUAAAUAUCCACUGUGUUGCCUCCUUGUGGUUCAAGGUGUAGCACAGUGUCGUGCUCAUGCUUUGAAUACUGAGGAAACGGUUUGUACUCAUAAAAAUCACCAAGUGUUCCAAACAUGGGUCUUGACAGUUUGUUUUACCUUUUACCCUAAAAGUAAGUAGUCAUCAGUGAGGGGAAUGUUCAGUGAUCCCCCAGAAUUGACUGAAUCCACAGUUUCAGCUAGCAAAAGUUGCUUGUCUUUUUUUGAGUUAAAAAAAGUGGAAGAGGAUCUUGGAUUUAGUCUGUUAAAAAUAAUAAAAUUAUGUGGAUUUACACUACUCCUGUUGAUGCGCAAAACAAAGUUAAUGUCAUCUGCCUUUGCCUUAUAUAAUUAUGCCCAUCAAGAAUAAGAUUUGCUGGCUCUAAAAAUCGUCAAUUCUGGGUGCAUAGAGCUGUUCCCCUGACUGAUUGAGUAAUUUUAUUUGAAGUGUCUUAGAUACUGACCAUAAAAUCUGUGAAUCCUCAAUCUCCCACCCCACCCUCCCUGCCACUUACUGUUCUGAUGAGUAGGUAGCUCAUUUGGAGAGGUCUGGACACUACCUUACAGUCAAAGACAACCAGGUUAGUAAAAGAGGCACUCACGAUAAUGAUAAUGAGUAUGAGUGAAAUGAUACAGUGAAACCUCUAUUAAGCAGACACUAAGCCAGGUCCCGAAAUUAAUGUCUUAUAUUUCCCUUUAUAACAAACCUCUAUUAAGCGGAUGUGGACACUAAAAUAAAUUGUAAAUUCUAAUUUGGCUAUUGUUAAUAACCUCUUACAUAGUGUACGUUUAGGUUUGUCCAGCUCCACAAAUAUUCUCCAAAUACCAGCAGAUGUCGCCCUCCAAGUUGUCUUCUUGCUGUUUUUGCUAUGUUUUUAGCUAUUAUUUUGCCUAUUUCCAGCUGUAGUUCUUACUCGUGAAACGAGUGAAGUGUCCGCCAACUCGUCCUCGUCCCCCAGCUGAUGCAUUUUUGACGUCAUUUCCUCGUUAAACGCAAAAUUCUUCCAAAUUUGGUCAUCAGUAACUGGUUAUGAUGAAUUAUGCGAGUGCUUUUAGCCAAUCAGAGUUGGGGAAAUAUUUUGAUUGAAUAAAAGAAGAUGUUAAUUCUGUUUUUUAUUCAAAAUGCUGAUCAAUUGGUUUUUUAGGUUGUACAACUGCAUCCGUCUACUUGUUUGGAUCACAAGCCUGAGUGGGUGCUGUACAAUGAGUUUGUCUUGACCACGAAGAACUACAUUCGAACCUGCACUGACAUCAAGGCUGAUUGGUGAGUAAUGGUUGUAAAAUAUAUUAUACACUGUAAAAUACCUGCAAUAAUAAUGGUGACCAAAGACCAAAGGGCUGAAAAAAAAAAAACUUGAUUUCCAGCAUGUCCUUUGUAGUUGUACUAGAGAGUCGUGCUCAGCGUUUUUGAAAAUGCUAUUUUUAGUGAUUAUUCUUCUCUAUAAUAUGGCAGGCUGGUGAAGAUUGCACCUCAGUACUACGACAUGAGAAAUUUCCCGAUGUGUGAGGCCAAGCGUGUAUUGGAAAGAAUCCUUGACAGACUGCAGAAGAACAGAUAA